AUGGAAAGAGAACUGUGCUGCCGCACGAGCCAAAAACCGAACAACGCCAAUUCCGACAACGUCAAACCACUAAACAACAACAUCUCGUUGCAGACGGGCGAGGAAUUCUCGCCCGAGUUCUUGAGAGAUCAUCUCACGUCUCGAAUAACCCCUUUCGCCAAAGAUAUUGACCAUAAUACCCCUACGAACAAACUGAAUUUCGACACUCGAGAAUUCCACGAUUUUUCUCCGAGCAACAGCAACACCUAUCUGCACCGCAGAAAGUUCUCUCAUGACGAAAUCAUCAACCGAGCAACAACUCCGUCGAGUCCGUCGAUUUAUUCGUCCGAUUCCCCUUACUACAAUCAACGGUUGGGAUUCUCCGAUCUCCCGCUCUACGAAAAAAUGAAGUUCCUCUGCAGUUACGGAGGCAAAAUACUGCCGAGACCGAGCGACGGAAAGCUUCGAUACGUCGGUGGAGAAACGAGGGUUAUUUCGAUAAGUAAGACGCUAAAUUUCUUCGAGCUCGUUAAAAAGACCAACGCCAUCUGCAACAACCACCCUCAUACGAUUAAAUAUCAACUUCCGGGCGAAGAUUUGGACGCGCUCGUGUCAGUUUGUUCUGACGAGGAUCUACAUCACAUGAUAGACGAAUACCACGACUUGGAGAGAAGUUGUCAGAGAUUAAGAUUGUUUCUCGUUUCUUGUGGCGAUAGUAGUAACGAGAGCCCUUGUUCUUUAGAAGGGAGGGGUAAUAACGUCAUUAUUCAACAAAGGGAUACCGAUUAUCAGUAUGUGGUUGCGGUUAAUGGGAUGACGACAUCUAGCAGAGAGAGUUUGGAUUCGAGCCCGAUUUUGCGGAGGAAUUUGUCGAAUCUCAAGUCGAUGCAUUCAAAUGCGAUUUCUCGUGAUUUUAGUAAUACAAAUAAGAUCAGUUGUUCCCGUGUUUCGAACGAUCGAGUUAAUUACGAGAAAACCGCACCGAAGAACGAAGAAGGGAGGGUGGAUAAAUCUCCUAUGAAUUCCGAUGAAGAAAGGUCGAGCUCGUCUCAAGAAGGUGCAGUGCAACAAAGAAAGAUAGAGAAAUAUAAAAAAAUCAAGAAUAAGGAUAAGAGAAACGAAGCUACUAUCGAAGAAUACGAUGCUUCGGAUUCCGAUUUUCUUGAACGAAAACGGAAUUUGGCGAAAAUAAUAUGCUCGUUAGAUUCGCGUAGUUCGGCGAAAGAUACGACCAAAGAGUUUCCGUUAAAUUAUCAAGCGAGUCCGAACGAGCUCGAUUCUCCGUUCAAGAGCCAAAAAGAAAGUAACAACGACCACAAGCUUUAUAUCGACGACGAAAUUAUGUACGAUUAUUACGAGAGGAGUUUGAAAGAUUCUCGUCACAUUGUACCAGAACAGGAAAAAAGUAGAAAGAGCAAUUUGGUCCGUUCUCGAUCGUCGGAUAGUUGUCCUAAAACUUAUGUGCCGAUAGUAGUUGAAGAUGUGACUGGCUGUGUGCCAGCUGGCGUUGGAUCGCACUCGAAAGCGGUCCCGCAUGUACAAGAUUACGAUGAUAGUGGAUCGCGUGGCGAAGAAACGGAAGCUGAAACCGCUACCCCUGAAUCUGGAUAUGGAGAUGUUAAACCUGAUGAAGACGAUAAGGAUGCGUCGAUAUGCGAUGCUGCUGUAAUUGAAAUGGAAGCCGGCAUGUAUGGUUUGCAGAUCAUAAGAAAUGCCGAUCUUGAAGACCUAAAAGAGUUGGGAUCCGGUACAUACGGAACAGUGUACCACGGCAAAUGGCGGGGUACGGAUGUCGCGAUCAAGAGGAUAAAAAAGAGCUGCUUUGCUGGCAGAUCUUCCGAACAAGAUAAAUUGACCAAAGAUUUCUGGAGGGAAGCUCAGAUUCUAUCGAAACUUCAUCAUCCAAAUGUAGUUGCGUUUUACGGUGUGGUUCCCGAUGGACCCGGAAGUACGUUGGCUACUGUUACCGAAUAUAUGGCCAAUGGUUCACUAAGGCAUGUUCUCUUGAGAAAGGAUCGAGGACUUGAUUGGCGGAAAAAGAUUAUGCUUUCGUUGGAUGCUGCUUUCGGCAUGGAAUACCUCCAUUUGAGAAAUAUCGUUCAUUUCGAUUUAAAAUGCGACAACUUGCUCGUCAAUUUGGGCGAUCCGCAACGUCCUGUAUGUAAGGUUGGUGAUUUUGGACUGUCGAGAAUUAAACAGAAUACGCUCGUCUCAGGUGGCGUCCGAGGAACCCUUCCAUGGAUGGCUCCGGAGCUUCUAAACGGAAGCAGUAGUCGCGUUUCCGAGAAAGUCGAUGUUUUCUCAUUUGGCAUUGCAAUGUGGGAGAUUUUGGCGGGAGAAGAGCCAUACGCGAACAUGCACUGCGGGGCCAUCAUAGGUGGAAUUGUGAAUAACACACUGAGACCACCGAUACCGCAACGGUGCGAUCCGGAGUGGAGAAAGUUGAUGGAAGAAUGCUGGUCGCACGAUCCGGAAGAAAGGCCGUCGUUUACGGAGAUUACGAACCGGCUUCGUGUUAUAGCUACAAAGCUCCAGCAAAAGAGAUACAGUAAUAGAGUCAAAAAAUGAGAUUUUAAUUA